CAGAAUUCUGGACUAGUGUUCAUAAAUGGCUUGAGACCACACUAGGUGCACGCGCUCUCUCAUUUCCCGCGCUUUCUUCUCAUACUCUUGACUUUUUUGUCAAACUUGUCAAAAUGUUUACUUCGAGCGUGCCCGAAAGACGCUGACCGUAUCGAUUUGACGCGGACAUACAUAAUGAGUUUGACUUCAAAUCUUGACAGCUUGGCAGCCGCUGGUCGAAGAGAGCUGACGUAAGCGACUGAGCUGGAGACGCGACGCUAACCGUCCACACAGACCAGGUAUCUUAUUAGCUCUGUAGAGGUGAAGGAUGGGCCGUAAACUGGAUCUCUCUGGCCUGACGGAUGUGGAGGCUGAGCAUGUGAUGCAGGUGGUGCAACGGGACAUGCAGCUGCGCAAGACGGAGGAGACACGGCUUUUUGAGAUGAAGAAGGCGCUGGUCGAGGAGGGCAGUCGGUCUGUUUUACUGUCGCGGCAGCACAGGUUUAAUGAGCGCUGCUGCAUCCGCUGCUGUUCUCCAUUCACCUUCCUGCUCAAUACCAAGCGUUCCUGCCUGGACUGCAGCUAUAACAUCUGCAAAAGCUGCUGCACCUACAGUAAGAAGGACAAAGCCUGGCUGUGCUCCUCCUGCCAGAAGACCAGGCUACUGAAGACCCAGUCGCUGGAGUGGUUCUACAAUAAUGUGAGAAGGCGUUUUAAAAGGUUUGGCAGUGCCAAAGUGUUAAAGAACCUCUACAGGAGGCAUGCGGCUGAGCGUGGAGGACUAGCAGAGCUUACAGAGGGCAGUGCGUAUGAGGAGAGUGUCUGCAAUGAGAGUAGCGUCUAUGAGAGCGACAGCACAUUCUACAAACAAAUCGAAGAGCACAGCAUGGCUGAGACUAUUAGUGUGGCACUGCGGGUGGCAGAAGAGGCCAUAGAUGAGGCCAUUGCUCAGGCUGAAAGCCAGACUGACAAUCAAGAGAAGCAGAAUGAAGCUCAAUAUCUGCGGCAGAACAGAGGAGAGCUAAUAGAAGAAUUGGCCAAAACUAUAGUGGAGAAAAUUGUCCGGCGGAAGAGGGAUCUGUCUGAGAUAGAAUCUGGAUGUAAUGUGGAGCAGAACCGGGAUGAGAUUUCUCCAGAUCAAAUCCAAAAGGCCUUCGAUGCUGCUCUCUGGAGGUCUCGCUCAGCUUUCUGCCUCCUGACUGAUGAAAAAACAGAUCAUCACAGUAACACCGGGUCAAGGCCUUCAUCAUCUAAAAGCCAUGCUCUGGAAAUGACAGAAACAUUGCCUGUCCAAGCCAUGCCAAGCUGGAGGAGUGUCGACCGACUGGACAAUUCAAUGUUACAGAGUCCUGAUGGGAACUGGAUUGCAUAUCAGAGCAAUCUGCUCUCUCGACCAAGUCUUUUAACCAAGCGCAAGAGUCUGGUGUACAGUGUUUUAGAAAAGGAGUCUGGUGUGGUGUCAGCUUAUGAUGACAUGGGUUCAGAAACAGAGCCUGAAGCUAAUGGGGUCUGGGGCGCUGCACUGGUUGAGCUUCAACUUAAAAUGUCUGCCAGCAAACAGCUGACUUGCCCAGAAUCCUACAGCCGGCAAGCAACCUUACCUUUGCAUGCACAAGCACAAUGUUUUACUGAGAACAAUAUUGACACUGAAAACUCCUCAGGACCGGAUGGGCCGAUGUCUCAAAAAACUCUGCUGCCCUUUCUGAAGAGAAAAGUACCACUGGAACACAGACGACCCGCAUCAAUACGCCGGCCAAACGUCUUGGAUGUGAAUUUCAACCCAGAAGGAGCUGAAAGCAGUGAGGAUGGACUAGAGGACAGCAGAGUCAAGAGGUCACGGCGGCGGAGGAAAAACAAGAGAGAGGACGCAGAGUGGAAAGGACAGUCAGGACUGCCUUUGGCUGAACCGGAUUCCAGUACCCUACCCUCAGAUGCUCAGCCAAAAAGAUGGUAUAUGAAACAAGACUCAGCCGACACUUCAGACACUGCUACCCCUGACAUCCUGAGCUCUGGAGCCACAACCCCUGAUCCCUUUGGACCUGAUCUCAAUGCUUAUGGAUCUUUAGAUCAGGAGUUGACUUCCAAACUGAAAGAACUAACCAGUCAAGUCCGAGAAACACAACUCUCCUCUACUGAGGAUGAACUGGACAGGAUGGAGUUUCGAAUGUGGAGUGAAAAAGAUAAAGCAAAGUCAAAAGUGGGAGAGGAAGUUAUGGAGGACACUUUCUUGAAGGUUGCAAAAGAAACAUCAGGUGAAACGGAAUCUACAAAUCCAGGGAGAUAUAUUGAGAUAUUGAAUGAAGAUGAUCUGACCAUCAGACUGAGAGAACUGACCAGUGAGGUCACCGAGACUCAACUUUCCUCCACUGAAGAUGAACUAGAUAGAUUUGAGUGUCAAACUAAAACCAAAUGCCUAAAUCAAUCAAUGAGAACAGAGACAGUAGAGGUAGAUGACAGGGCAGAUGGAGAAAGAUUCAAAACACAUGACAAUAAACCCCACAACCAUGUAGAGAAGAUGGUUGAAAAAGCAGAAAAAGAGCGAUCAGAGAAAAGGGACCAUGUGGCAAAUCAGGACAGUAGUGAGCAUAAUAACACAGAUGAGACUCAAAUAAACUCUGGGAGACAACAACAAACAGUUGUGGAUGCAGAUGCACAAAAUGAGAGAGCCAGCAAAAUAAUUAAGCAGACAAAGAACAAAAGAGAAGUCGAGACUAAAGGAAGAGAAGCAGAAAUAAGUGAUGUGGUUGAAGGUCAGCAGAGCCGAGCCGAGAAUACAGAUCUGGCUCUCAAUAGAUUUGUAAGUGAAGAUGGAAAUAUGGAAUUUGAUCGGAUCAUCGAUACUGUAGUGAAAGCUUUGGGUGACAUGGAAGAACACAUAGAGGCUUACACUAGUGAGGGGGUAUUUUUAGACAGAAUGGGAAGUGAGGCAGAGGAACCAGAGAUGAUGGAUGAGGGGGAGAAAGUAACAGAACAGAAAACCGAUGACAAGGCAACAUUUGUGGGAUGCGUUGUUAGUGGGAACCUGAUGGAUGAACAGGAAAAAGAAAUUAAUGAAGAGGCCAAAACACAUGAAGUUCUGACACUAAAAAGCAGCAGUGGAUUUACUGAGGACACUGAAGACAAGCAAUGCAUCACAUCAUUAGAAGAUAGAGUUCAAGAGAAAGAUGGCAACAGGCAAAGUGAAGAAAAAGAGGAGCAGAAGCAACUGAUAACAUCGCACAGCACCUCCUCUUUUCAGGAGUAUCUGACACCGGAUGAGAUUUACAAGGGUGCACAUGUGCUGGACAUAGAGAAAAAUCUACAUUUUAUCUCCAAUAUACUACACCAGAAAUACUCCGCCUCAUCACUGCGCAGCAUCACCACAGAAGUGCUGAAAGUCUUAAACGCCACCGAAGAUCUGAUUCACGGCUCUAUGGAAGAAGAACAGCCCAAAGUAGAUCACAGUGACCUCUCCAGCAUUCCCCCCGCUGAGGCCAGAAGACUGGACGAGCAGCUCAGCAGACUAGAAGAGAACGUGUAUGUGGCGGCAGGUACAGUGUUCGGGCUGGAAGCUGAGCUGGGGGAUCUUGAGGAGUGUGCGCGCGGCAUUAGCGGAUCCAGCACUGAACUUGAGCUGGCUCAUCUGGAGGAUCAGGUGGCCUCAGCAGCAGCUCAGGUGCAGCAGGCUGAGCUCCAGGUUUUAGACAUUUCCUCAAGAAUUGCCGCUUUGAAAAAUGCAGGUUUGAAUGUAACUCCACAGACCAAAUUCAUCAAGUCCAAGACUGCAAAAAUCAAGACACAAACCAUCGGCUCAUCUCGAAGACUGCGGCGGCGACUACCAGCUCCUCCAAAACAAGAUAAAGACACAUAGAGAGUAUAAUGGAAGCAAGUAUUACCACAUGGUUAAACAACUACAAAGCCACUGAUCACAUGUGCCUUCAAGCUGAUGGCUCAAUGCAGAUGUUUUCUGAACUCAAGCACGGGUUGGAAAGACUGAAAUGGAUUGAUGUCACUCUUACAAUGAAGCCAUGGAUCAGGUCGCUGUAGUACCUCUCUCUCUCUCUCUUAAUAAUUCUGUCUGAAUUACUUAGAAAUAUUCAUGAAAAUGCUAUAAAAUUACACAAUAAUGUUUGGAAAUUUGA